AUGGCAGCCCCGUGCCAGAUCCUCGUCAUGGCCAGCGGCAACGGGUCCAACUUCCAGGCCCUGCUCGACGCUGUCGCCGUCGGCCGCAUCCCGAACUCGCGCAUCUGCCGCCUCAUCGUCAACCGGGGCAAAGCCUAUGCCACGACCCGCGCCGACAAGCACGGCGUGCCCUGGGAGUACUUCAACCUCAUCUCCAAUGGCUUCCAGCAAAAGGGCGAGCGCGACCCGGAGCGGCUGCAACGCGCGCGGGACGAGUACGACGCCGCGCUCGCAAAAAAGGUGCUGGCGCUCGAUACACGGCCGCAGCUCAUCGUCCUGGCCGGCUGGAUGUACAUCUUUGGCGAGCGGUUCCUCGACCCCAUCAGCGCCGCGGGCAUCAAGGUCAUCAACCUGCACCCCGCGCUGCCAGGCAAAUAUGACGGCGCGCAUGCCAUUGAGCGGGCAUUCGAGGACUUCAAGGCCGGCAAGUUGGAAAACAACAAGACGGGCAUCAUGGUGCACAACGUCAUCAAGCAGGUCGACCAGGGCGAGGCCAUCUUGACAAGGGAGGUUGAGUGCCUGCCCGGCGACGACUUGGAGACGCUCGAGCAGAGGAUACACUCUCACGAGCACGAGCUGAUUGUAGAGGCGACGGCAAAGCUUGUGGGCGAGAUCAUGGCACAAAAGCAAUGA